AUGGGCCGCGAGGCAACUUACGGCAGUCUGUACCACGGUGGCUUCGCAGCGCUACCGACACAACCGUUGGACAUCGCUAAUCCCGGCGAUCAGAACGGAAGAACUGAAUAUAUGCGUCACGAUUCUAUCAAAAAUGGUGAAGUCACGUCUAGUAUUCCUGCGGGUGAAUUCGAACCUGGUACCGGUGCAACAUACGGUACUACUAUAAACUAUACCAAUAGUGGUGCUCCUGCCAAACCUGCCAUCGUUGCAGGGGGCCAUUAUUGCAAGACGGACAUAUUCGACGAUUGUGUAACGUUUGUUCGUGAGGUUUCAAGUGCUACUUUGGGUCGUCCAGAGUUGCAGAAGUUCGAGCGCAACCCUUAUAGAAGCCGCUAUUUGAAUACGCCGGAAUGCGAAGGCUUAGUUACUAAACAUUGUCAGCGCUUGUUACACUCGUAUUUUGGUCGUGCUGAUGCGCUUAGCACAGCGUCCACUUGCGGGGGUUCUAAGCAGCUGACGUUCAACGACAUAGCCGACUCGGGGCUAACGUCAACUGACCACUUGACGUCCAUCGCCAUUCUCUCUGUGCUUGCAAAGUAUCACCAAAUUGGGUACUUGUCGUCGCAGCCAGAUGAUUUGGGGAGUAACGGCGCCAACGUGUAUGUGCACGUCCUAAAUGUGAUACGCGUAAUUUAUGCCGCUUCUGCUGCCGGCCCAGCAAUAGCUUCUGGUAAUGGUGUUGAUACAGCGCGUCGUUUUUUUUCAUUAUUAAGCAGGGGGGUGUGGCGCUCCACGGUCGAAGCGUCGGAACCGUUUGCUUCGCUCGACCGCCGCGUAGCGCAGCGCAUAUCUCUCCUCUACGCGUUGUGUCUUCAUUUGUUGGAUGUGUUACUUGUGGAUGAUGGUAAAUGUACAGAAGAGUUGCUUGCCAUUGAUGGCGAUCUUUACGAUACAAUAGGUUGUGUUGCGUGUUGCUUCGUGGAGCAGGCUAUCCGCAGCGGUGACCGUACGGCUUACUCACCUUCAACUCACGAAAUGAUAGAUGAUAGGCUGGCACCUGAUAUCGGAGACCGUUAUGCACUUUUCACGAAGCACUGGAGCGUCUUGAGCGGUUUGUUAUCUCGCGGCGUGAAGUUCGGCAACAGCGAACUAUUGGUCAAGGCAGUAAAGGCACUCUGCAACACUCUAGAGACUAGUAACGUUGGAAGAUCACUCUUACUAUGGUCCUAUUGUGUCUAUGUACGUUUGUGUCCAUCCGAUUUGGCUCAUGGCAACCACUCCAUCCCCAGGAUACUGUUUGAGUAUAUGACCAAGACUAAAAGCGUGCUUCAGUUACAAGCUAUAACUAACGCUCUUACUAUUUGUAUGCGUGACUCAGGUUUUGUAAGGUAUGCUGAUGAGCGUAUGAAUCCGCAAAAGACUUUUGCGAUAUUUGUGCUUCACUCGUGCAACCUCAUCCACAACAAAAUGGACGACCUGGCUGUACCCAUCCUACAAAUGCUUUAUCUCUUAUUUGAUGCUUGUCCUAAGACACUGCCUGAUGUUGCCAACGCUAUGGGAGGGGCAUCGGGUAUGCUCGAGCGUUAUACUGACACCGUCGGCAAUGCCGUUGAGACUUUUUUGAACGUUGCGACACUUAGCAUCGGUCCCAUCCAGGUAAUAAUGGCAUUGAUUAUGCGUCGCAUUCUGUUGCGAUGUGAUGUGACGAAAUCUAUGAGCGCGGAGUUGCGUGGCAAAUUUAUAAAACACAUUCUCACUGUAGUCGGACUGAAGAAACCUACCGGAUCGACAGAGGCUGAUCCUACUGGUCUAGUAACUAAGGUGGCACUACUUGAUGCGUUCGUUCAAGCGGGUGCUUUGUCUGAUUUGGUUACUGCCAUGAAGGAUGUCAAUGCUAAGCAGCUACGGUUGGUAUCUCUGCAUGCUACCAACGUGUCGUGUGACUCUUUGCACAGACUUUUGUGCGUUGGCGAUCUUGCUACGAAGUUAGUAGCAUACGAUGCGCUUGUAGGAUACAGAUCAGAUGGCAUGGAUGCGGGCACAUUUGUAUUGUGUGCUCUUUGUAGUGCUGUAAAGGUCUGCCCAGAUGUCGCUACAAUUUUACACGACUAUACCUCCACAUACGCCGGGAUAAGUGAAUACCAUGGAGCAGGUAGCCUGGCUAGUGAGGGGAAAUUUUUACGUGCACUUUCUGAGGACUCCUCUGUACCUAAUCCAACACGCAAUUUCAGGGUCGCUGGAUUGCUGAGCGUCCACGCCACAAUAGCAUCCCUUUACAUCUCAAGUGAAGUGAGCAAACAGAGCCUCAUACACGCAUUGCUCUGUCCCAAAGGCACACUUCACGAGCAGCAACACCUGGAAGUGUUGGCCCGGUACAAGGCUCAACUUGCGGCGCAUCGCCGUGAGGUGCUUAAGAGCCACGCCCGCAUUGAAGCUCAGGCCCGGGAGUUGCAACAGCAUAAAGCAUCGGCAGCAAAGCAACUUGAACAACUACGUGAGGAGUCUAACGUCAAGAUUGAGAGGUCAAAAGCUGAGCUCGCCAACGCACAAAGUCAGCUUAGUUCGGUAACUUCCCAGGCCCAACAGUUAGACCGAGAAUGUGCCCGGUUACGUGAUCAAGUUAGCGAGCUGGAUCAAGCACUUCGCAAGCUCACUGCUGAAAGUGCCCAGGCUAACGAAAACUUACGCGAGGCAGCGUCACAACGUGAUCGACUGAAGACCGAGGUGACGGGAUUGCAGGGCCAGUUGGAACAGCGCGACAAAACAAUCGAAAAACUACGCAACGUGGAGAGCGACAAUGGUCGUUUGAGUCAGGAGAUUGUCGAGCUUAACGCACAGGUAGAGCGUGUUUAUCGUAUGCUGAUAUCAUUAAUGUCGAAGCACCGGCAACUGGAGGGCGACCUUGCACGUAGCAAGGAGGAGACAUCACAGGCUAACAGUCAGUUACAGGAGCGUCAACUUCAAGUUGAAGAUUUAUCUAAUCGCUGCCGCAACAAUGAGAGUGCCAUUGGCACUUUGCGUACCGCGAAGGAAACCGCUGAGAGUGAAGUGCAGCGUCUUGGCCGAGAGCUCCAGGCGAUGGAGGGCCGCCUUGGCAAGUCUACCGAGGAGCUUACUCUAUUGCAAGGCCGUCAUGCACAGGCAUCUCAGAAGCUACAAGCAGCCGAGGAACAGAACCGCCGCCUGAGCGAGCAGCUUGAACGCUGUGAAGUGCAGCUGCGUCAGCGCGGUGAACAAUUGUCGACUAUUUACUCAACAUUUCAGGAAAAGAAGCCAUACUAA